AUGGAUCCUGGACAGGAUUUGCUGCUUACAGCCCUCAGUGAAAGUGGCAUUUGCCCAAAUGAUAGCCUGUUCGAUGUUGACUCUCAGGAUGCUGAUUCUCAGGAUGUUGCACAGCCCUCUACAACCCAACAAUCUAUCUCCAUUAGUGCCCUCGAUGUUGGUUUGGGGGCAGACAUGGUGGAAGCUGUUCGGCCCCAGCCUGCUGCUCCAGUCCCCAUAGUUGCUAUUAGGCACAAACCUCAGCCAACGACCACCACAUUUGUCUUAAAUCAACUAAAUCAGUUGCCAUCAAUAGGAGCCGCUGUGACAAAGCAGUCGGCUACAAAUCCUAUUAAGCGAACAGUAACUGUAACCAAGGUGGUACAGGUUACUAGUUCAGCCCUGCGAGGUUCGGCGACUACUUCCUCCACAAGUAUUCCUGCUUCAGUAACCACAGUAGUGCCUUCUAACAGUGACCAGACUCAGUUGAAAGACCUUCUCAAGUCCAGCAAUGUGAAGGGCAGCAGUUUGAUGGAGCUCAUGAAGCUGAAGCCUCCAUCUGAUAUUGCUACACCAGUGGCAACUGCAACGGCCACAAUUCCAAAUGAAAUGAAUAAUGGCAUAAAGAAGGAAGUGUUGGGUAAGGAUGCAGGUCAAGUCUGGCCUGGUGAUGACAGUAAACUUCAGAACUUUAUGCAGUGUCUGAAACCCCCUACAGUAAAGGAAGAGGAUGAGCCUGAGGAGGAGGGAGAGGAGCUGGGACAUGCUGAGACUUAUGCAGAGUACAUGCCAUUGAAAUAUGGGCUGCGUCAUCCCGAUCCUGUCGUGGAGACCAGUUCCCUGUCCAGUGUCAGCCCUCCAGAUGUGUGGUACAGACUGUCCAUCGCAGAAGAAAUCAUAGAUCGAGGUUGCCUCUCUGCUUUGCAGCUGGAAGCAAUUACGUAUGCAGCUCAGCAACAUGAAACAUUCCUCCCUAAUGGUGAGCGAGCUGCAUAUUUGAUUGGUGAUGGAGCCGGAGUUGGGAAAGGUCGGACCAUUGCAGGGAUCAUCUAUGAGAAUUACCUUUUAGGCAGGAAACGAUCUCUCUGGUUUAGUGUCUCAAAUGACUUGAAAUAUGAUGCUGAACGGGAUUUAAGGGAUAUAGGAGCAAAAAACAUUCAGGUUCAUGCACUAAACAAGUUCAAAUAUGGCAAAAUCUCCUCAAAACACAAUGGGAGUGUGAAGAAAGGUGUGAUCUUCGCCACCUACUCCUCACUGAUAGGAGAGAGUCAGUCCUGGAGGAAAGUACAAGACAAGAUUUCACAGCUCCUCCACUGGUGUGGGGAGGACUUUGAUGGAGUUAUAGUCUAUGAUGAGUGUCACAAAGCCAAAAACGUGUGCCCUAUUGGAUCAUCUAAACCAACUAAAACUGGCCUUGCAGUUUUGGAGUUGCAGAACAAACUGCCCAAAGCUCGGGUGGUGUAUGCAAGUGCUACAGGUGCUUCUGAACCACGAAAUAUGGCUUACAUGAACCGUCUGGGCAUCUGGGGGCAUAAAACCCCUUUCCGAGAAUUUGGCAACUUUAUCCAAGCUGUGGAGCGGAGAGGUGUUGGCGCCAUGGAAAUAGUAGCCAUGGAUAUGAAACUAAGAGGGAUGUACAUUGCAAGACAAUUGAGUUUUACAGGCGACUUCAAGAUUGAAGAGGUUCCGCUGACUCAGCAGUACAUCAACAUGUACAACAAAUCUGUACAUUUGUGGGUGAACGCUCGUGAGAAAUUCCAGCAGGCUGCUAACCUGAUGGAUGCAGAACAACGCAUGAAAAAGUCCAUGUGGGGUCAGUUCUGGUCUGCACACCAGAGGUUCUUCAAAUACCUCUGUAUUGCCUCCAAAGUUCGCAGAGUGGUUCAGCUGGCCAGACAGGAGGUCCAGCAUGGGAAGUGUGUGGUGAUAGGUCUUCAGUCCACUGGAGAAGCAAGAACACUUGAAGCCUUAGAGGAAGGCGGCGGCGAGCUCAAUGACUUUGUGUCAACGGCAAAAGGUGUGCUGCAGUCCCUGAUUGAGAAACACUUCCCAGCUCCUGACAGACAGAAGCUCUAUAGCCUGCUCGGUAUUGAUCUUUCGGCGAAGAAAACCUCUGAGCCCGGUGACACUGGUGCAAAACCUGAACAGAGAGUCAACAAAAGGAAAGGUUCAGACAUAAAACAACCGAAAAAGAGGCCCCGCAUGCACGGGGGUUUAUCGGGUAGCAGUUCAGAGGACAGCCAGUCAGAAGACAUGGACAAAGACUCCGGUAAAGAGUAUGACAGUGAUGACAGCUUGAAGUCUGUCAGCUCAGCCGAUGAAGACGAUGACUUCAACCCAUUCAGAGAUGAGUCUGACGACGAUGAAGACGAUCCUUGGCUUAUCAGAAAAGGUCCAAAGAAAGCAAAAGAUAAAAAGAGAAGGAAAAGUAUCGAUCCAGAUUCCAUUCAAAGUGCCUUGUUAGCCUCUGGGCUCGGCUCCACCAGACUGGUCUUUACUGCCUCUAACCCCCCUAGUGCACCGACUGCAGUCAAAGCAGAGAGUGAGGAUAGCUGUCUAACAAGUCACGAUGCAGUGGAACUAGCCCAGAAAAUGAAAAAAGAACUGUUGGAAAGGCUUGAAGAACUGUCUGAGGAUCUCCCUCCCAACACACUAGAUGAACUAAUAGAUGAACUUGGAGGGCCUGAAAAUGUAGCAGAGAUGACGGGCCGGAAGGGUCGUGUGGUCAGCAAUGACGAUGGCAGUAUCUGCUAUGAGUCUCGCUCUGAGAUGGAUGUCCCAGUGGAAAUCCUCAAUCUUACAGAGAAGCAGAGAUUUAUGAAUGGAGAAAAGAACAUAGCCAUCAUCUCAGAGGCUGCAAGUUCAGGGAUUUCCCUGCAGGCAGACCGACGAGUGAAGAACCAGCGGAGAAGAGUCCAUAUGACGCUCGAGUUGCCUUGGAGUGCAGACAGAGCUAUACAACAGUUUGGGAGAACUCACAGGUCCAACCAGGUCACAGCUCCAGAAUAUGUUUUCCUCAUAUCUGAACUUGCAGGAGAACAGAGAUUUGCAUCCAUUGUUGCCAAAAGAUUAGAAAGCUUGGGUGCUCUCACUCAUGGAGAUCGAAGAGCAACGGAAACCCGAGAUCUCAGCAGGUUCAACUUUGACAACAAAUAUGGGAGAAAUGCUCUGGAAAUUGUGAUGAAGUCUAUUGUAAAGCUUGAUGUUCCAUUGGUGUCCCCGUCUUCAGACUUUAAAGGGGAUUUCUUCAAAGAAAUUCAAAACGGACUAAUAGGUGUGGGUCUCAUAAAUGUUGAGGACAGAUCUGGCUUUUUGUCACUGGAUAAAGACCACAACAACAUUGGGAAGUUUCUUAACCGUAUUUUGGGCAUGGAGGUUCAGCAGCAGAAUGCCUUGUUCCAGUAUUUUUCUGAUACACUAGCUGCAGUUAUUCAGGAAGCAAAGAAGAAUGGGAGAUAUGACAUGGGCAUUCUUGAUCUGGGUUCUGGUGACGAGAAGGUGAAGAAGGUGGACUGCAGAAAAUUCCUAACACCAGGCUAUACAACAUCAGGACACGUUGAACUCUACACCGUCAGUGUGGAGAGGGGGAUGUCAUGGGAGGAAGCAACUCAUCUUUGGGCAGAACAGAAUGGACCAGAUGAUGGCUUCUAUGUCCAGAUAAGAAACAACAGAAAAACUGCCAUCCUGGUGAAAGAAGUGAACACCAAGAAGAGUCUGUUUUUGGUGUACAGGCCGAACACAGGAAGACAACUGAAACUGGAGACGUAUGCAGACCUGAAGAAAAAGAUGAAAAAGGUUUUGUCAGAAGAUGCCAAGCAGCACUGGACUGAGCAGUACAAGUCCUCGGCAAACAUCUGUUCUCAUGCUUUUUGGCGUGGCAACUGUAAGAAAGCCCUGAAGGGUUUACAGUGUGAGGUGGGCCUGCGCUGCAGGAUGUACUAUGUUCUGUGUGGCUCAGUACUGAGCGUAUGGAACGAGCUGGAGGAAGUUCUUACCCCCGUCAGUGGAACCAACGUAAAGGUCCAAAUUGUCCGCCUCAGAACAGAAGAUGGUCAGAGAAUAGUUGGACUGAUGAUUCCAGCGAACUGUGUGGCCCCCUUAAUUAACAAGCUGUCCACAUCAGACCGGUCCCAGCAGCUUGCUGUUCAGGAGCAGCAGAAGCGGCAGCAGCUCCACCCCCAAAGUCUUAGUCAGGCACCCAACAGUGUUUGGGUGGAUGACUCUUGAUGGGACCGAUCUCUGCCCCCAUCUCAAGGGUCCACACCCCCUUCAGGGAUCCACAGUCACAUCUGGAGGCUCCGGGACUGCUGGCCCCGCCCCCUUUGUUUUGGCGGGUCAGAGGUGAUACCUAAGCGGUGAUCUUUCCAACAUGUAAAGUAGUUGUACAGAGAAACGUACAUUGGUUUUCAAUCUUCAGACUUGUUUUCACCUGAGGCAUGAAGGGUGAUUUAUUGUUCUCUGAUAUUCAGAGUGAACGUUUCUUAUGUUGAUCCCUAGAAAGAGUGGGAAGACAAAGAAAAGUUGAUCUGUUGCUGUUCCGUUCUCUAUUCCUCAGCUAAGCUGUACGUUGUUUAAAUUUUGUACCACAGCUUAAGUUGAGGCAACCUGCUUGUUCUGGUCCAGACCGAAAGUGGACAAGAAUGUCUCCUAUUCAGUCUGAGAAGAACUUUGGGCGAAACUACAGUGUCACAUUUCUAUCAUUCAGCCUGGAUUCAGCAGUUAAUGGUCACAAGGAAAUUUAUCUCAGAAAUCACUUCAUCACACCUUAAAUCUCAGUCAGUCCUGCUGCCGUUUGUGCUGUAAAGUCAGAUUGAUCCAUCUAACCCGGUGGUGUCCAAAGUAUUCCAGAAAGGGCUGAGAGGGGGCAGGUUUUCUUUACAGCAAGUGAUUUCACUGAUUAACAUCGCUGAGCAGAUGUGAUGAGUUCAUCAGUGAAAUCAGCUGCUGGAGUUGGUGGCUGUAAAGAAAACCUGCCCACUCUUGGUCUUUACUGGAAUGUCUCUGGAUUCCACUGAACUAACCAGUGACUUAGAUUUACUGAAGCUGUUGUAUAUGAGCUCAUGAUGGGAGACCAAAGUGUCAGUCCUAAGAUACUUUCUAUUUGAAAUGUUUAGUUUUUUUUAAUGUUCCGGUUUUACAUUUACACGUAUGUAAAUUGGUCUGAAUUAAUUAAGCUUAUUUCAGAUGUUAAAAUGUUAACUCGUUUUUUUUUGUGAAUCAGAUUGUGCACCAGAAGGAAUGGCAACGAAACAUUGUUUCCCAUUUCUGACCGUAUUGUGAUGUUUGUUUUAAUUUUGCUUUGCUUCAGCCUCAGCUGCUCUGAGCUGUUUUUAUUUGUAAGAGUUGAAAAGGUUUUUUUGUACAGUGACAUUGAAGCCUUAAACAGUUUAGUAGUUACAUGUUAACACCCCCCCCAAAAAAUUUAUAUUGACUACAUUUACAUGCUGCAGUAAUAACCAGAAUAGUUGCCACGGUAACCAGAAAUGCCUUGUGUAACCACACCAGUUCAAACUAAGUGGCCACAGUCAAUUAAGUUUAAUUAAAAAGAAAAGAGGUGGAAUAAGUUUGAGAUGGUUUUAGCUGCAUGAACAUUUAUCAGCAUUUUCUUGUAUUUUCUGUUAACUGUUUGCACACACUCCCUCUCGCUUUCAUUCUUUGCACUCGUCCAUCUGUAAUUGUUUUUUUUGGGGAGGGGCAGUUGCUGCAUUAUUGUCAGGUGUCACAAACAGCUGCGCUUUUCUUUAAACUUGUGCAGGGACACGUGUUGUCAUACCUGUUCUCAUAUGUUAAGCUGUGAACAUACAUAUGUGAUCACAUUGGGGCUCUAAAUGAUUCAAUCAUGCAUUCAUUGGUCAGAAUGUCUGGCUCCGCCCCCUCCCAAUGUGAACAUUCAGGUAAAUGUAGCUUUUCCCUCUUGUGCUUCCACAGUCAAUGGAUACCUACAUUAAUUUGUAGUACAUUGAGCCUUCCUCUAUUCACAAACUGUAGGAAAAGCGCCCCCCCCCAUUGAAAGUCCAAAACCACCUUUGGUCAUUCUUUUUUUUUUAAUGUGAUCUUCAGUGUUAAUUACAGAUCUGUCCAAUGUGCUCCUUUUGACAGGGAGCCACAGAACUGAAAGGUCAUUAACAGACCACUGUUUAAAUUUUUCAAACUAUACAGGUUAAAGGAGCACAACUGACUUAACAAACAAAAAACAAACCCUAUGACAUGGAGAACAAACACUAAUGCUGCUCAACAAGCCACCACCAUAAAUGCAUGACCGGAUCAUGUCUUUCUGCUCAGUAACAUCACUGGCUGCAUUUGCAUCUUACAGCUUUGCCGCACAAAUUACACAUGUAUUUGUAAUUCCCCUCUUUUAAAACCAGGUGUAUGAAAUCUGCUUGUCUGAUAGUUGGAGGGAGCAUUGAGGAGUUGUUCUUGCUCAGUCAUGUUGUGGAUCAACACUGGUUUUGCUGAUGGAGAGGGACGGCUUUACCCUGUGGAUGUUAUUUAUGUGUCCCAGACUGUGCUGAUUGAUGAGACAGUUUGAAAACUGGGUAAGAAGUUUUCAGUGUCAUAGAAAUGUGGGUUUGGUUUGAUGGAAGUAUUAAAGUCACAUAUUGCACCAUGUUCCACCUCAGUUCGUGCACAGGACUUGAAGAAAUUCUGUAAAAUCUUUUCCAAUAUAAGGUUUACUCACUAAUGGGACGUCAAUAACUACUUUUACUAUUUAGUGUUGUUUAUGUAUAUAGGCUGCUGAAUUAUUUUUGGUUGAAAGAAUGUUGAUUGCUUUGCAGUUGAAAUACUGCAUGAGUUGAACAUACGGACAGUUGUACAAAAAUUCUACAUGACCUGUACAGGAAUGAGUGUGAUGCUCAAUAAAGCUUGGUAUACGUCUGA